AUGGCACCCCGGAAGUCCUUGUUAGGACCGACGCUGAAGGCGUUGACCGUUAAAUACCAAGAGUUACAAGCAGCGCUCAAUGACAUCUUCAAAUUUGCUGAUAAAUUUAAGGCGGAAACAACCGCUUCCCAGGUGAGUGUGCGCUUGGAAAGUCUCAACAAGCUGUGGGAUGUUUUGUGCACUACCUUGGUGGAAAUCAAAUCCCACAAAGACUACAACCCUGAGGAUGACCCUACCUACAAAAAGGACCGCGAAACGUUGACUGAAGGCUACUACCGAGUAAAAUCCCUCCUACUGGACAAGCUGAAGGAACGACAGGAAGUUCCUUGUGAACCGACCCACAACGACACGAUUGUUGGGGGGACUGAUCACGCCCGUUUGCCUCAGAUCAAGCUUCCUAUGUUCAAGGGGAACAUCGACGAGUGGCUGAGUUUUCGUGACUUGUUCCUCUCACUCAUCCACUGGAAGUCUGACCUACCGGAUGUGGAAAAGUUCCACUACCUAAAGAAUUGUCUUGACGACAAACCCAAGAGGAUCAUUAGUGGACUUUCAACCACGUCGGUCAACUACAAGCUGGCAUGGGAUCGUUUGCAGAGGUACUACAACAACCACAAGGUACUUAAGCAGCGACUGGUGCAAUCGUUGUUUACCCUUCCAACCCUCGCCGAGGAAUCUGCCACCGAUCUGCAUUCCCUCGUUGACGAGUUCGAGCGUGUUCUGAACACCCUCGAUCAGGUGGUCUCACCCGUUGACUACAAGGAUCUUCUGCUGGUUAAUUUACUCGUUACGCGUCUGGAUCCUGUUACGCGUCGCGCAUGGGAGGAAGUAUCUACGGCGAAAGAUUUGGUUAGAGAUUCGCUAGGUGAUUUUGCAGAUGAUUCAAGGGAGGAAUCUGCUAACGACACGACGAAGGACACGUUGAAGGACUUGUGCGAUUUCCUAAACCGACGCAUUCGAGUUCUGGAGAGUUUGCCACCGAAAACUGUGAACAGUCGGGCUGUUCAACACCAACAACAACAGUACGUUCCCAAAUCCAAGGCAAAGAAGGUUAGCUACAGUACGGUGCAACAUGCUGGUUUUUCGUGCGUGGCUUGUAAGGACAACCACUUACUCUACCAGUGUUCUGCAUUCCAACGGUUGGCGGUGUCGGAGAGGGACGCAUUACUCAAGACGCAUUCCCUCUGUCGCAACUGCUUCAGAACUGGUCACCAAGCCAAAAACUGUACGUCCAAGUACAGUUGCAGGAACUGCAAGGGUCGACACCAUACUUUGGUAUGUUUUCAACAACAACCGGAAAGGGACAACGCGGUGACGGCACUCGCGGUUGCAGGGAGCAACAACCCUUCCAACUCCAAGGAAACCCAAGGUCCGACAACAUCCCACGUGGCAAACAUGGCAGCUACGAACCCAUCCGUAUCAGGCGCAGCAACCCAAGCUGCAUCCCAAGUGCUGUUGGCUACAGCAGUGGUCAUUGUCGAGGACGACGAUGGCAAUCGGUACCCUGCUCGCGCACUCCUCGACUCGGGGUCGGAGAGUAACUUCAUAUCAGAGCGACUGGCGCAGCUGAUGAAGGUCACGCGAGAAAAGGUGGACAUUUCCGUGCUAGGAAUCGGUCAAUCUGGCACAAAGGUUAAGCACAAGAUUCACGCAACGGUGCGGUCUCGGUUAUCCAACUUCGAGCGAGACAUGAACUUCUUGGUGCUCUCCAAGGUUACGGUCAAUCUGCCAACAACAACAAUCGCAACAAAUGGAUGGUCGAUUCCGGACGGAAUUGAAUUGGCAGAUCCAGCAUUCUUCCAGUCCAAGAAGGUGGACAUCGUCCUUGGCAUUGAAUGUUUUUUCGAGUUCUUUGAAACUGGUCGAAGAAUUCCCCUGGGAGACAAUCUACCAGCGCUGAACGAGUCGGUGUUCGGCUGGGUGGUAUCUGGUGGUCUCUCGGUUCCAUGCAACUCCACGCAGGUGAAGUGCAACGUGUCAACCUCAGAGAAGAUGGAAACUCUGAUGGCACGGUUCUGGUCGGCUGAAGACGUCGGUUUGGACGACGCGUUCUCUCCCGCUGAAAGGCGCUGCGAAGAGAGCUUCCAACACACGGUUCAACGGUUAUCCGACGGUCGGUAUUCCGUUUCCAUGCCCAAGGUCGAAGGUGGAAUCUCCAGAUUGGGCGAAUCCAAGGAAAUUGCGUUGCGACGGUUGCACGCAACCGAGCGCAGACUGGCAAGGGACGCCAAUUUGCGGAAACAGUAUACAGAUUUCAUGAACGAAUAUCUGGAACUGGGUCACAUGUCCAAGGUCGCGGAAACAACUCCAACCCAGGUCAACCGGUGUUUUCUACCGCACCAUCCGGUGGUCAAGGAGGCCAGUACCACCACCAAAUGCAGAGUUGUUUUCGACGCUUCUUGCAAAACAUCUUCUGGAGUCGCACUGAACGAUGUGUUGCUGGCAGGGCCGGUAAUCCAAGAAGAUUUGCGCUCUAUCAUUCUGCGGAGUCGGAUCAAGCCGGUUAUGCUUGUGUCUGACGUAGAGAAGAUGUUCCGUCAGAUCAUGGUCCACCCAGAGGAACGGCCAUUGCAAUCCAUUCUGUGGCGUUUUUCUCCGGACGAGGAAGUUGGCAUCUACGAGCUGAAAACCGUCACUUACGGCACCAAGCCCGCUCCAUUCCUCGCAACCAGAACGCUAAAACAACUAGCGACGGAUGAUGGACCUCGAUUUCCGCUUGCUGCACGGGCAGUCAACCAAGACACCUACAUGGAUGACGUCAUCACCGGAGCUGAGGACGUCCAGUCAGCAAUCGAACUUCGGAAGCAGCUAGACGAGAUGAUGCUACGAGGCGGUUUCAAGCUUAGGAAAUGGGCAUCAAAUCGACAGGAAGUGCUAGCUGGGAUUGCUGAGGAAAACCUAGCGAUUAGCAUGGAGGAAAUCAACCUUGACACGGACCCUGGAGUGAAAACUCUUGGUCUCACAUGGAUGCCGAAAACGGACACGCUAAAGUUCCAGUUCAACAUUCCCGAUUUGGACAAAGUGCCUGAGCUCACCAAACGCUUCAUUUUGUCAACAAUUGCCCUUCUUUUUGACCCGCUUGGACUGCUAGGACCGGUCAUCGUAACGGCCAAGAUUUUCAUGCAAUCUCUGUGGACGUUGCUGAACCCGAACGGAGAACGUUUGGAUUGGGAUGAGGCGGUACCUGAAAUGGUGGGUGAGGUCUGGAGGAGAUUUCAUUCACAGCUCGCUUUGCUCAAUGAACUUCGCAUCACUCGUUGCGUCAUCUGCCCUGAAGUGUUCAAGAUGGAAUUGCACUUCUUUUCUGACGCAUCUGAGAAGGCCUUUGGAAGCGGUGCGUAUUUGAAAAGCGAAGAUCCAAAGGGCAGGAUAUUCGUGAACUUGCUCACAUCCAAAACCAAGGUGGCACCGUUGAAGAGCCAAGCGAUGCCAAGAUUGGAACUACGCGGUGGCGUUUUGUCUGCGGAACUCUACGUGCAAAUUCUACAAUCGCUGAAGAUCAAAAUUCCAACCUUUUUCUGGGUCGACGCCAUGGUGGCCAAGAUUCAAACUCUCACGGAAGGCUGUGUCUGGGGACACGUGCCUGGAGUUGAAAACCCCGCAGAUUUCCUGUCACGUGGAGUCAUGCCAGCAGAUCUCAUCGAUUUGGUACCAUUCUGGAAGCCAGGCUGGGUGAAAAAGACGAAUGAGCAACGCCAACCACAACCGAAGAUCGUGACGACGGAAGAAGCAGAAGAAGAGCGAAGAAACACUGCGGCAUCGGUAGCUGCAGCAACUACGGCUGAGUUCAACGUUUGGUUCAUCUCUCACUUCUCUUCGUAUCCCGAUCUGGUCAGGCGUACGGCGUAUUGGCUACGCUUGAAGGAUUUACUUCACUUGCCCAAGGAAAAGCGGUUCAAAUCGGACUUGUUGACGGUUGCGGAGCUGAAAGAAGCAGAGUUCGCAUUAAUAAGGCUCGUUCAGAAGCAAGUUUUCGCUGAUGAAUGGAACAAACUAACCAAGGGAAAACCAGUUGCGAACAGUUCACCACUGCGGUGGUUCAACCCGUACAUUUCCGAUGAACAGCUCAUUAGAGUGGGAGGACGCUUACGUCAUUCAUUGGAAUCCGAGGACACGAAACAUCCCAUCGUACUUCCGGCUAGGCAUCAACUCACACGACUUCUUUUCCGACAUUUCCACGAGAAAUUGCUUCACGCUGGUCCACAGCUGGUGUUGGGAGUCGUUCGAUUACGCUUUUGGCCACUUGGGGGCAGAAGUGUGAUCAGAGAGGUGAUCCAUCACUGCAAGGAGUGUUUCCGGUCGAAACCCGUGGCUGUUCAGCAGUUCAUGGGAGAAUUGCCUUCUGCUCGGGUUACCACCUCGCGACCGUUCGCGCGGACAGGUGUGGACUACUUUGGACCACUUUAUGUGCGCCCAGCCCCAAGACGACCUGCAGUUAAGGUUUACGUGGCACUCUUUAUCUGCCUCUGCACCAAGGCUGUCCAUUUGGAAUUGGUAACAGACCUAUCCACAGAGCGUUUCAUCCAGGCACUUCGACGAUUCGUAGCCAGGCGGGGAAUCUGUGACGACAUUUAUUCCGAUAACGGAACGAACUUCGUUGGCGCUCGUAAUAAAAUGGUUGAACUCCUGUUACUGCUCAAGGACCGUAAACAUCGCGACAUCGUCUCCAAGGAAUGCUCAAAUCAGGGGAUCAAGUGGCACUUCAAUCCGCCCAGCGCACCACACUUCGGAGGCCUCUGGGAGGCCGCGGUACGAUCUACAAAAAAGCUUUUAUUAAAAACAAUCGGCGAAACACCCGUUACCGCAGAGGAUCUCAACACGUUGCUGGUCCAGGUGGAAGGCUGCCUCAACUCUAGGCCGCUAACUCCGAUGUCCGAUGACCCUAAUGACCUGGAACCAUUAACACCGGCACAUUUUCUCGUGCAGUCAUCGCUGCAAACAGUUCCCGAUGCUGAUUUAUCAGCAAUUCCGAUGAACCGGCUAAACAAAUUCCAGACGAUGCAGCGCAUGCUGCAAGAUUUCUGGACUCGAUGGCGGAGGGAGUAUUUGUGCCAGCUACAGGGACGGGUCAAGCGCUGGAAACCACCAAUACAGAUCGAGGCUGGUAAGCUUGUGGUCAUCAAAGACGAGAACUCACCACCAAUGCGAUGGAAGAUGGGAAGAAUUUUCGAGGUACACCCAGGCGAAGACGGAGUGGUUAGGGUAGUAACGCUGAAAACCGCCGACGGCUAUCUCAAACGUCCGGUGGAGAAACUGUGCAUACUGCCACUUCCGGAGUACAGCGACGCCAUGGAAUCAACGGAUGCAGAUCUUCAAACCCAAUCCUAA